UUGUUGAUUCGUUGAUUGUUUUCAUAUUUAUGUAUGUUUAUGUAUUUUUGACAACUCGUUUUUUGAUAUCUUAAUUUGUAUCAAAAUCAAAUAAUAUUGAUAUCAAUUAAACAUUGAUAACUAUAAACAGGUAAAGAAAGGUAUCUAAUUCCGCUUAAUUUCGGUACGAUGGAUGAUGAAGCGGAUUUGAGAAAACUAGAAGAAACAUUAGAAGAAUGCAGAGCGGAAAAACUUGACGAGGCUUAUCAGGGUUUUAUUGAUUUUGACGAUAGUGAAGAGGAGGACAAUGUCUCCAGUAUAAAUGAACUAGACUCUAGCUUUGAAGACAAUUAUGAGCCUGUAAUUUCAACUGAGUACAAGUAUAGUGUCUUAACAUCUUUAACACCAGAAGAAAAAUCAGUAAUAGAUUCAUGUGAAGACUUCGAUCUUAAACACAUAUUGAUCCUCAAUAGGCAGAAGAAUAUGUCACUCAUUGAACAUUACAAGAAAUUCAAAGAUCUUCUAAUAGAGUGUCAGAGUAAUAUGUCAGAUAUAAAUAGGAUAAUUCACGAAAAAAAUAAUAAUAAAAAAUCGACGACUAGAUCUUCCAAAGCUUGGAGACUGGGUGCACCUUAUUUUAAAGAUAAACUUAAUUUUCCAGCACCUUUAAAUGAUGAGGCUUUACAAAAAAAGUUAUGUGAUGAACAGACCAUUUAUGAUUCUUUAAAAUCUUUUAACAGAUGGUCUUCACAUGAAUGUGAUUCAGUUACUAGAGCUGUUAAACUAAACUAUAGUAUAAAUACACUUACUCAUAUCCGAAAUGAAAUCAAGAAGUUAGAAGGUUCCAAUGAUAGGAACAAAAAUGAAAAAAUUAUAGAGUUGCAAGAGAAACAGAAACGGUUUGAGGACACGGAUAAUCUACCUAUUCCUCCCUUGGGAUCAGAUGAACGCAUUAAUUGGAUAAGAGUAGCUGAAGUAUUUUUUAGAGAUAAACAUACCGACUUCGAAUGUCGUUCAAUGUGGCAUAUGUUCCUUCAUCCUCAACUAAAUAAGUCACCUUGGCGCUCCGAAGAAACAAACAAAAUGUUAGCUUUAGUUAAAAAGCACAAACGCCAAAACUGGGUUGAAAUAGCAAAAGAACUUGGAACUAAUAGGACUUGCUUCAGUGUUUUUAUUAAUUAUAUCAACAAUUUCCACAGUAAACUUAAAAAGGGAGGAUUUACACCUGCCGAAGAUAAAAAAUUAGCCAAUUUGGUAAGGAAAUUUAGAGUAGGUGAUUACAUACCAUGGACAAAAAUUGCCAGACACUUUAGAUACAGGGAAAGAUCACAAUUACAUCAUAGGUUUAAAUAUUUUUUGAACCAUGUUGAUAAGAAACAAGGAAAGUUUUCAUUGGCCGAAGAUUGCUUAAUUUACAUAUGCGUAGAAAAAUUUGGAAUGGCCUAUCAUGAAGUUACAGAACAUUUGAAGGAUAGAUCUCGUACCCAAAUACGAACUAGAUAUAUAACUUGCUUGAAAUUAGAUGCCAAAAAGAAUACAUGGACGGAAGCUGAGGACGAUACUUUGAUACGCCUAAGAGAACAACAGACUAAAAUGGAUUGGACAACUAUUGCACAAACGUUAAGAAGAACCCCGGGUCAGACGCGUCAACGUUAUCACGUAAUAAAAAAAUAUUUAGAGAAGAACUCAGGAAGCACCAUUAUGAAUGUACCAAGAAGAAUUCACGUUAAGGAAGAAAAUAAUUCAGUACUUAAGCAAGUGGCGAAUAUUUUUGGAGCACAAAAUGUGAUACCUACGUUAGAAGAAAUAGGAGAAAUAUUAAGUAAUUAUUUAAAUGAACCCCUGUCUAGCCAAAAUGACAGCGUUGAAGAUAUUGAUGUUUUAUUAUACGAUUUCUUUUUGAGUACCUCCGAUCAAUCUCUUGAAAUUUUAUCAGAUCCACUUGCAGUCAAACGGGUUGUAGAUUAUGUAGAAUAUCUAAUGAAUUUUCUUAAGGUAGACGUGGACAUUCCUAAAAAUUUGGCGAAAUGUCCACAUAUAGAUAGUCUCGACAAGAAAUUAUUGUCAGAAAUAAGAACUAGAAAACGCAAAAAACCUGUUGUGUUCUCUUCGAAUCCCAUUAAAGAUUGCAUUGCACCAAAUUUCUACACGACAAACGGCAUGAGAGCUUUACUGGAAAGAAAUUUUAAAUUCCGAUCUGAUCCAGUUGGAAAGAUUUUUGGUAAUUAUUUGGAUGAACCUGACAUCUCAUUACAGAAAUUCAAGUGUGAAAUAAAUAAUGAUGAUUCGGAAAGUACCAUUUUGUUUAAAGAAACGAUAGAAAUGGAUAGAAAACUCUUUUUUAGUAGAUUUGUAACAUUAUUUGAUUGGCCAGGUAUUAUAUCAUUAGAGUCUCCUCAUAAGGAUUUAGUAAGCAUUUGCAAACCAUUGACUGUAGAUUAUUCCCGAAAAAGUACACCUACCAACGUUACAAAGACUUACAGCAGAAAAAGAGGUAGUCAAGCAACAACGGACACAAGUCAGGAGCAGCAAUCUAACAAAGUAAUAAUUGUAGAGGAAGAUGGUUCUGAAUCGCGUCAUUCUAAAAAGUCAUUUUCAAAUAAAACAUAUGGGACGGCUCAAAAGAUAUUAACCAAGAAAAUGGAUUUGAACAUUUUCACAUCAGUACAAAUGGAUGAAAGUAAACCUUGUUCCAGCACAAUGGCUGGCAUAAUUAAAGAUUGGUACUCGGAUGAUAGUGAUCAUGAAUCUUACAAUGCCAAAGAAUCCACAUCAGCGGAAAAUCUGUGUGAUGUUUAGACCUGUGUGAUGUGAAGCCUGUGUCAGGGCUAUUGCAAAUCAGAUUGCAAAUAUUGGACUGAUCUAAACAACCUGAAUACCUUUGGAGAAAGAUAGAGCCAAUGCCUAACCAACCAAUAGUGAUGUAUAUCUACUUAAUAGAAACAUACUUUUUUCGGGUACAAAUAAAUAUGAAAUGUUUUAUACCAUCAAAUCUAAGUCGGACACCAACAUUACUUUUUGCAAUUUGUGGAGCACAUUGGGCACUUAUAAUGCUCGAAAAUUCAGCCGAAACUGAUUUUGUAUGAAUGUUUGAACAAAUCAAGUAUAAUUUCAUUUAUUUAUUUACUGUUAGUAUUAUUUUUGGCGAUGUGAAUUAUUAUUUUUGUUAAAUA